AUGUCGUCUCCAGCAAGGCGAUCAACUCGCAGCUCGCAGGCGGGGACUCCUGCCCGCAACACGCGGAGCUCCCAGGCUGGCACUCCUGCCGCGCCUGCUGCCGAGGCAGAGACUCCUCGUCGGACGCGCGCAUCGCAGCUCGCAUCGAGCCCCAUGUUCUUCGAGUCCUCUCCCGCCAAUGGCAGCGGCAAUGCUGCUGCACCCUCCUCGCCUUUGCGGCAGAUGAGCAACACCCAGACUACUGACAAUGGUCCCGCCCCAAGCUCCCCAUUGCGCCAGCAGACCGAAUCCCAGACUAUCAACGAUGGCGAACGCACACCACGAGCAAGCGGCAUGCGUAUCGGCGACUCUUCGCCCGUCCGCUAUGACCCCAGCUCAAGUCCUGGCCACCCCCAGACCGAUCUGCGAAGCGAGAGCAGCGGUCUCUUCGUCGACUCUUCCAGAAGGGCUCCUCGAUCACGACGAGGUGAUAUUCACUCAGAGUAUUCCAACAGGACGCCCGUGGCCCCGCGCCGCAUUGUUCUUGGCUCCGACGGCAGGGUUGUACAGGACGCGCCAGUUUCCGACGCUGCCACAUUUUCCAACAACAACCCGGGCACAUCAGAUGCUGAUGCCCUAGGUGGACAAAGCCAGAGCUUGGUAUGGGGUACUACCAUUGCCAUCGACGACACAUUCAACGCCUUCAAGAACUUUUUGAGGAAUUACAAGAUCAAGUACCGCCUCAUCAAGGAGAACCAGCCGGAUGACGUCGUCAAUGCCCCGGAAAACCAAACAAGAUGCUACUGGGAGGCCCUGGAGACGAUGCUGGCCCUUGGUACAAGCAAGUUGUACUUGGAUGUUCACGAUCUGAAGGCCUACCCCGAGACCGAGAAGCUGUGGUACCAACUCCAGGCCUACCCGCAGGAAUUGGUUCCCAUCAUGGAUCAGUCUGUUCAUGACAUGAUGAUUGAGCUUGCGCGCAUUGAGAUGGCCAGACAGCGCAGCCAGACCACUUCCGCACCACAGGCGUCGCAGAGCUCCGAGCCUGCUAUUCCCAGCUCGGACCGUCCUGAGGACGCACCAACACCUCGUCCCGCGGCACAGAGAGAGGCAACUCUCGAGGAUCAGGUCGCUGAGACUAUUUACAUGGUGCGCCCCUACGGAAUGGACAAGACCACCAACCUCCGAGAUCUGAACCCCUCGGACAUGGACAGGAUGAUCCAAAUAAAGGGUCUCGUCAUCAGGACCACCCCCGUGAUUCCAGACAUGAAGGACGCAUUCUUCAAGUGCAGUGUCUGCAACCAUGGCCUGCUUGUCACUCUCGACCGAGGCAAGAUCCGAGAGCCCACAGAGUGCCCCCGACAACGCUGCGGCUCCAAGAACUCUAUGCAAAUUGUUCAUAACCGCUGCAACUUUGCAGACAAGCAAGUGAUCAAAUUGCAAGAGACUCCAGACGCUGUGCCAGCCGGUCAGACCCCGCAUUCGGUUUCUGUCUGCGUGUACGACGAUCUGGUGGACUUCUGCAAAGCUGGUGACAGGGUGCAAAUCACUGGUAUCUUCCGUGUCAGCCCCGUUCGUGUGAACCCACGCCAGAGGGCCAUCAAGAGCGUUCACAAGACAUACGUCGAUGUCUUGCACGUGCAAAAGGUCGAUCGCAAGCGCAUGGGGGCCGACACGACUACCCUUGAGCUGGACGACGAGGACGAGCUCCAGACCGACAAUCCUUCCGGAAUGGAUGAAUCGCGCAAGGUGACGCCAGAAGAGGAAGAGAAGAUCAAGGAGACCGCCGCUCGUGAUGACAUCUACGAGCUUCUGUCGCGUUCCCUCGCGCCCUCAGUCUAUGAAAUGGACGAUGUCAAGAAGGGUAUUCUGUUGCAACUCUUUGGCGGUACCAACAAGAGCUUCGAGAAGGGUGGCAGCCCUAAGUACCGUGGUGACAUCAAUGUCCUGCUUUGCGGUGACCCAUCCACCUCCAAAUCUCAGAUCCUGUCGUACGUGCACCGCAUUGCACCUCGCGGCGUGUACACCAGCGGCAAGGGAUCUUCUGCCGUCGGUCUUACAGCAUACAUCACACGCGAUCCCGAGACACGAUCACUAGUGCUCGAGUCGGGCGCCCUUGUCUUGUCAGAUGGUGGUGUCUGCUGCAUUGACGAGUUUGACAAGAUGUCCGAGUCCACUCGCUCCGUGUUGCACGAAGUCAUGGAGCAGCAGACUGUGUCUGUUGCCAAGGCUGGUAUUAUCACCACUCUGAAUGCUCGCACGAGUAUUCUGGCAUCAGCCAAUCCGAUCGGCAGUCGAUACAACCCCGACUUGCCCGUUCCGCAAAACAUCGACCUUCCCCCAACGCUUCUGUCUCGUUUCGAUCUUGUGUACCUGAUUCUCGAUCGGGUGGAUGAGAAGAACGAUAGGCGACUGGCCAAGCAUUUGAUGUCCAUGUAUCUCGAAGAUACACCUCACUCUGCUCAGUCCAAGAAUGAUAUUCUGCCCGUGGAAUUCCUCACAUCCUAUAUCUCGUACGCCCGCGCCAACAUCCAGCCCACCAUCACUCGGCCUGCAGCGAAAGAGCUGGUUGACGCGUACAUCGAGAUGCGCAAGCUUGGACAGGACGUGCGCGCCGCCGAGAAGCGCAUCACCGCGACCACCCGUCAGCUCGAGUCCAUGAUCCGACUUGCGGAGGCCCACGCCAAGAUGCGCCUGUCCACCGAGGUCACUCGCGAGGAUGUCCAGGAGGCCAACCGGCUGAUCAAGUCUGCCCUCAAGACAGCGGCCACCGACAGCCAGGGCCGCAUCGACAUGUCCCUCCUGACCGAGGGAACGAGCUCUGCCGACCGCCAGAGGAAGGAGGACAUGAAGAACGCGGUGCUGCAGCUGCUCGACGAGCUGACGGCCGGCGGCCAGACCGUCAAGUAUGCCGAGGUCGCCAGGAAACUGAGCGAGAACACGGGCGUGCCUGUUGAGCCGAGUGAUUUUGCCGAGUGCGUGCGCGCGUUGGAGAUGGAUGGGUCCAUUACUGUAUCAGGUGAGGGCGCCAGGAAGAGCAUCAGGAGGGUCACCGCUGUUGUUUAA